GAGAGAGAAGGGACGUGCUUGUGAAAUUUUAUAUCACUGUUUUUUCCUAUUUUCCACGCUUAACUUGCUAGCUCCGAACUCAUUCAACGUUUAUUUUUAAAGAAAACAGUUGUGAGUCUACAUACUCUUCACUGGAAUUCUCGUAGGCUUUUUUAACGAUUUCUUUAAAAAUGCUUAGUUUUUAUUUUGUUUUUCGGGUUUUUACUGUUUCGUUUAGUGAAAAAUAUGCACAUUAGUUUAUUCGGUGUUAAUGUCUUGUUACCUGAUUAGCUGGCGAAUGAAAAAAAGAUUGUUAUAAUACAACAGUUUUAUAAUUAUAUAAUCAUUUGAUUAGUCAAAAGGUGUUUAAUUAAGUCCGACUGUUAGCUGACUCUUAGGUAUUAGAUUAGAAACUUGAUUGCAUCUCAAUAAGUUCAUAUUCGUGUAUUCGUAUUUGACCCGUACCUUAUGUUUGAGAGCUAGCGAUACUGCCUGGCUUUCCAAAUGGCGAUUAUGUGAAGUAGGACUUAAACCUGGGUUGCAGUGGUUGAAAGUCGAACGCCUGUACCACUAAGCCACUAUUUGAAUAUACUGGCUCGUUAUAUGCAGUAUAAGGUUUAUUGUUGGUCAGUUUUGUACACAUCUCAAUACCUUUGUACCGCAUUUUGGUGUCGUAAAUAGAACUGUCAGUUUAAUUUACCUGUUUGCCAGUGCCUGUUCUUGGCUUAUGGAUCACAACUUCAUAAUGAAUAAAGCAUUCAACUUUUAACCACUGAAUUACAGGUUAUUAUCAGAUCAGAUUGUAGCUAGUUCGUUUUAAGUAAAAAAUCAAUCAUAAAAUGUACUCAUGAGGCUUUACUCGGUUACUGAUGUAUAAUAAAUAGCCCAUAUUUAAAAAUAGUCGAAAACCUGUUAUUUUAUUAUUUUAAUUCUGUUAAAACGUUAUGUAUACUAAGUUGUUAAAAAACAUCAUUCACGUAUUUUGGCAUGCUAAUUUUAAUAAAAAAAUCCUUAUAUAAUGAACAUUACUAUCCCAUAUUACUUUCUUCCUUUCAUUUGCAUUUACAAACUAUAUGACUUUACAAUCUUUCUGUUUGUACUUUAUUCAUGUGUUCAGUCAUGCUGAGUUUUAUUUAGUUUAGUGUACUUAAUGUGUCAUUUUGAUUUUGUCUAUCUCGUUCUCGCCAAACAUUUAAGGAAAAUCGUCUACUUUUAUCGAAUUAGAAAUAAACUAAUUAAGAUAAUGACUGUUUUCUUUUCUUUUUUUUUUGGUGUCACGGAUGGCUAUCCACUGGCGAACUCAUUGGUAGAAUAUCACAAUGUUCUAUUAACCUGUAAAAAUUAAAUACUCACAUUUGUCAUAGUUGUAGUCAAAUGAAUUAAUUACAGAUGUAUAUAAUAAUCAAGUGAACAUUCACAGUUAAAUUCACCUAUGUGGUAGGAAUAUAUGACUUAGGAUGAUAAGCUUGAUGACAUUGAAUUCUCUGAGCUUGGAUAGUUUAGUCUCUGAGUUUUUGAUUUCCUUUCUGAACAGCAUCCUUAGCACAAUCUUCUAGUAGAAAUGAUAAAUAGUUACUUGUGGAGAAACUGUUAUAGUCCACUUUCAUCUGGAGUGUAUGUUGAUGAUAUCUAGAAAAUCAAUGAAAGCUUGCAAUUAAAUUCUCAGUUCAGAAAAUACAGUUUCACAAAAAUUUGCCAAUUUAAAUAUUUCAAAUGAGAUAAGAUUCAUUAACUAGGAAGUAAUAGUUCACGUACCCAUUUUCAAACCAUACUAUUCGAGUAUGGUGCUUAAGUAUGCAAUUCAAUAGUUGUUGUAAACGUCAUAUGUGCUUAAACCACUUCAUGAGAAAAUUAAUUUUAUUUUUCAAGCGAAAUAUACCCAUGUAAUUGUAAUCAAAAUUAAAAUAUUUUGCUUUGAUUUUCUUCACUGAAUAUAUAAGUUAAUUUUAGAGUUUGUCAUUAUAGUUUUAUAGUGAACUAUUGUAUUAUCUACCAUUUAUUAUUAGACAUGUUUAUCAUAGAAUCUCCGAAAGAGGUAGAAAAAUAAAACAGUUUUAUUCGAAAUUCAACUUUAUGCAAAAACGUAAUGAAGAUGAGCGUGAAAGAGAGAAGAAAUUGAAUGGAAUCGGAAGUGGACGUGCGAUUCCACUAAAGCAAGGAUUUUUAUACAAACGAACUUGUAAACCAUUAAGUAAAGAAUGGAAAACUAAAAAGUAUGUAACUCUAACAGAUGAUGCUCGUCUUACUUAUCAUCCAAGUAUUCAUGAUUAUAUGGACAAUUCACACGGUAAAGAAAUUGACUUAAGUAGAACAACUGUGAAAAUUCCUGGUGUAGCAUUUCGUCAAGUUGGAAGUCGUAUAACAAGUAAUGGACUGUUGCGAAGUCAAUUAAAUGAUGGCGGUACAGAUCGUCGAUCAACUGGCGUAGAUGUUAAGAAUCCUACUGAAAAUUCAGCCCCUAUUAAUGAUAAUUCGGCAUCAGGAGGUAAAGAUUCAUCAUCCGUGAAAAAACGUCAUCGACGUAUUAAAUCUAAUCCAAAGAGUAAUAAUGCUGAUGGUUCAGAUUCCGAAGGUUAUGAAUUUCAGUUGAUAUCAAUGGAUCGUCAGUGGCAUUUUGAAGCAACUGGUCCAGAUGAACGAGAUGAAUGGGUUAUGUAUAUUGAACGUGCUAUUAUGACAAGACUUCAAUUGAAUGAAUCAUCUAAACGUACUCGUGCUAUUGCUGCUACUGGGUGUACUACAGGAGGUGGCGGUGCUAGCGGUUCCAACCACCUUUCCAAUGUUAGUGGAUUAGGUUCAGGGAGUGGUCGACAUGGUGAUUCCAACAGUCUUAAUUCAAGUCGUUGUGGUGCAGGUGAUGCAAAUGAAUUGGCUGUUACAGAGCAUUUAAUUCAGAGCAUAAGAUCUGCAGCUGGAAAUGAUUUUUGUGCAGACUGUGGUGCACCAGAACCAGAUUGGGCAAGUCUUAAUUUAGGCGCUAUGGUUUGUAUUAGUUGCAGUGGUAUACAUCGGCAACUUGGAACACAUAUUUCACGCAUACGUUCUUUACACUUAGAUGAAUGGUCUACUGAAUCGGUCACUGUAAUGAGUGCUAUUGGUAAUACAUUAGCUAAUUCUGUUUGGGAAGCUGCUGCACCUGUAAAUGCUGGGAAUCUACGAAAACCAAAUCCUUCAAGUUCACGAGAGGAAAAGGAAAUUUGGAUUCGAGCCAAAUAUCAACAUCGAGAAUUUCUGCCUCCAUUACCCUAUCCUGAUGCUCCACUUCAACGACAGUUAAUUGAUGCAAUAGCUCGUCAAGAUACACGUCAAGUUAUACUCUGUCUAGCUUUAGCUACACCUGAAACAGUCAAUGCAGCUUAUUCACUUCAAGAUCCACGAGCAGCUAUACACAUUGCUGCUACUCUCGGAAAUCUAGUUUAUUUACAAUUGCUUUUAUGGUACAAUGGUGAUCCAACUGUGACAGAUCAUGAAGGAAGAAAUGCAUUCUAUUACGCUCAUUGUUCUAAAAAUUAUGAUUGCGCUGAUUUCCUGUUGCGAAAUAGUUGUCCAAAACAACUGGUACCACCCAUUCCUCCUAAUAAUAUGCCUCCAACAAUUCGUUCUUCACAAAAUAUUAUGCCGCAACAAAUUGUUCAGUCACAUUCCAUAAUUCAUGGACCUUCAACAUCGACUGGGCUUUCAUCUGGUGUUGCAGACAUGAAUAUUAGUAAUAGUAUAAACUCAGGUCUUGUACAACCUCAUCAUUUUUCACAUCUCCAACAACAUCAGUCCUCUGCUGCUGUUGUCGCUUCUGAAGUAGGAACUCAUUUAAGCGGACAAUUACCUUCUUAUCAUCCCAUGACCACUGGUUCUGUAACAGCAAAUCAGCAACUAUCUCAAGUUGUAGGAUCAAAUCAUCCACUUGUAUCGGCUUCUGGUAAUAUGUAUACAGGAAAUGUGAAUCAAGCUUUAGGCGCUACCCUUCCUCGUCGACGUGCCCCAAUUGGUCCAUUUCCUCCCGGUGCAGUACCUCCGACUCUCCAACCAUUUCCACGACCAAAUAUACAACAGCAAGUAUCAGUUAAUAAUACUCAUCGACCUACCUCUUCAGUUAUCCAGUCAGUUACUCGCCCUAUAACUCCGAAUGCUAUGCUAAGAACAUCCUUGGUUAGUUCAUCACAACCGCCUCAUACACGUUCAGCUUCAAAUACUGCUGCUACACUGUCCCAACCAUAUGUUUCUACUACUCAAGAAGUUGGACUAUAAGCUUUAUAAUACCAAGUUUAAUUCGUUAUUUCCCAUCUCCUCCAAUUGAUUUCUUUCUCUUCAUUUUACAUUGUAACAAAUUGCAUUUAUUUCAGUGAAUAAACUCUAUUUAAAUACAAUUAUACUGUAAACUUUUAAAGUUUGUCUUCACUCUUGCCCAUCCCUCCUUGAAAAAGAACAUUUCGUGCAAUAUUAAUAAUAAACCCAUAUUAUUCAUUUAUAACAUUGUCUUCCAGUGUACUAACAUACUUUUAACUGCUUAUCCCUCAGGACAUAUUCAUGUCUGAAACUGUUUUUGUAUGGACACUUUUACACAAUUACUAUUAUUACUACUCAUACAAAUUGGCUUCCUAUUGUGCUUUUUACUCUUUUUUUUUUCAAAAAAAAAAAGAAAAACGAAAUGGUACCAUUAUUAUUUCUUAAUCUUUUUUUUCACUCUUAUAUUUUGCUUAAAACUAAGUGUAUUUGUGCAAGAAAUGUAAUUCAAGUUGAAAUUAACUAUACAUCAAAUUAUAUUUACUUCAGUUUGAUUGCUCAUAUUAUGCUGUAUGUAAACAUAUACCUAUGUUACUGUCUAUCUAAAGUUGUUUCUCUUCGUCCAUUCUCUCUCUCUCUCUCUCUCUCUUUCUCCCACCCUUUAAAUAUAUGUACAUGGAAUACAAAACCUAGGUAAUUGAUUGUUUUCUGAAUAUAUAUUCAUUAUAAUUAUUUUAGUCUUUUAUUUUGUCGUUUACAGACAAUUAAAAAAAAGAAGAUAUUUCACGCCCUGGUUAAUAUAAAUAUCCCAGUAAUAAUCUUUUUUUUUAAUAAUAAUAAUAAUUACUACUGAAUAAUACUACUUAAUUGAUUCAAUGUACAUUGUUUGUUUUUGUGUGUUUUUUUGGAAAAAAAAUGUUUAUUUGUACAGAUAUAAUUUCUCUUCUAUCAUAUUGUGUUCCAUUCAUUUGAUUAUGGAAUGUACCUACAUUUGUAUGUGUGUGUGUGUAUGUAUGUAUGUGUCUGUGUAAAUGUAGACGUUUUUGUGCCCUGUCUGGUUAUUUGGUUUAACCUUUCUAUUGUAAGUAACCUUUAUUUUAUUUUCUUCAUUAUCAUUAUCAUCAUCAUUCACUGUUCUUUUUUCUUCUGUUAAGUUGUGAAUAUGAGAUUACUUGUGUUUCUAUGAUAAUGUUGGUUUUACAGUGUUGUUAACAGGUUAUUCACUACUGAAAUAUAUCUAUUUACUCUACUGAUUU